UCGCGGUCUUUAGUAACAUCCAAAGAGUCUAGUUGACCGAGAUUAUAACCCGUCUCUGUUCAUGUUGACAAUAUAUAGUACGGGGUUUGUAGGGCAUGUGUUACUGGCUCGAAACAUAAUUUCGUCAUGCCGUGGAGGAAUAUUCUACGGAUGAUUGUAAACCAUCCACAAUUAAUACAAAAGCUUUCAGAAUCACCUCCUAUCAAACAUUCUGCGAAGGCUGUUGCUGCUAUCAUAAACAAAGCACGCUUUACUGCUGAAGAUAAAGUAGAUGAACUGAAAGAAAAGGCACAAGAUGCCAUGAAACAAGAUUCGAUGAAAUAUGAGGAAAAAGAUUCCAUUACGCCAGGAUCAUUUUCAGAAACAUUCAUGAAAGAACUGAAAGAUGGCUUUAAAGGUUUAUCAGACCAAUUAGAACGAGAAAAAGAACUGGAAAAAGAACGACAACAAAUGGAAGAAGAGCUAAAAAAAGAAAAUAAAAAAUAGACAAUAAAUGAUAUGUGUGAAAUCUGUGUUUACAUAUUUUGAUAUUAGUUGACUGAUUGUGUUUUGUCCUUGUCAAUACAAGUCUGUGCGAGUUUUUCGUUUUUUCUCCCGACAUAAGCCAGAGGAUGUUGAGGAGCAUGUUGAUAAAAUGAAUAUAUAAUACUGUACUAUGCCCUAAUGGGCAAUUGUUGUAGUUUAUAAUUAAACUGUGAUAAUUUUGUGUUCUAAUCUGUGUUUUUGUUGCGUAAUAACUGUGUAUUUCAUCGAGAACUUAACUUAAAAGCGUAAUUAUUUGCCAUUUAUGGCAAGGAUGUUUAUAAAAGGAUACUGUUAGACUGUACAUUUAUGGUUUAUUAUGGAUGAAAUAAGUUCACUUGGAGUUACCUCUUAAUAUUUAGGAAAUGAUUAAACAGAUAUAUAUAUAUUUGUAUUGUAAAUUAGCAUAAUGUAAAUAAAUUUGUAUAAAAAC